UGUAAUGCUUCAAGCAACCUCAGUAAGAUUGUCAAAAUUGAGUUACACCACUUUGCGGAUGCCAGCAGUGCUGGAUAUGGUGCGUGCUCCUACUUAAGAUACAGAGACGAGAAGGGAAAGAUCCAUUGCAGCCUUGUAAUGGCAAAGGCAAGAGUUGCCCCACUGAAAGUCUUGAGCAUUCCGAGGUUGGAACUGUCGGCCGCCGUCACAGCUGCCAGAAUGAGUGUCAUGUUAAAGUCUGAAUUGCAAAUGAAAAUCGAUGAAGAAUUCUUUUGGACUGACUCUCAGGUGGUGUUGGCAUACAUCUCAAAUGAAGCACGUCGGUUUCAUGUGUUCGUGGCCAACCGUGUGCAACUGAUAAGAAGUAGUACAGACGCCAAACAAUGGCACUACAUUGACACGGCACAAAAUCCAGCCGACCUUGCCUCAAGAGGCGCUCACAUUGAAGAAAUCACAGCAUCUAACUGGCUAUGUGGACCCAAAUGUCUGUGGGAAAAGGACGUGCUCGUACCCCCUAAACUCUCAACAGACUUGCUUGUUGGAGACCCAGAAGUCAAAGCAAUCCAAGUGUUUGCUACGGAAGUCAGUAAAACGAGUGAUAUUCUGAGUCGUUUGGAACGAUUCUCUUCCUGGACAAAGCUCAUCAAGGUGAUUGCAAGAAUCAAGAGACUGGGAUCCAAGGAGACUUCGCCUCAUGGCAACUGUGUGUCUGUUGAAGAACGCAAGAGAGCUGCAGAGAUCGUGAUUGAAAUGACUCAACAACAAGCUUUCGCUCAGGAGAUAAAGACCCUCCAAGAAAGUUGCAAUGCAUGUGUCCCAAGCUCAAGUCCUCUGUUUUGCCUGGACCCCCUUUUAGAUGCAGGACUACUUCGUGUUGGUGGGAGGUUGAAAGAGUCAGACCUGAGCCUAGAGUUAAAGCAUCCCAUUAUCCUCCCAAAGGAUAGCCACAUCACUGAGUUGAUAAUAGCUCAUCAUCACGCCCAGAUUCACCAUCAGGGGCGUAAUCAGACAUUACUGGAGCUAAGAAGCAAUGGCUUUUGGAUCCAAGGUGGGAGUAAGACUGUAUCCAACUUCAUUCACAGAUGUGUAAAAUGCAGAAGGCUUAGGCGUCCUGUAGAGGAACAAAGGAUGGCUGACCUCCCCAAAGAGCGCUGCCAAGCCUCCGCCCCUUUCACCUUCUGUGGAAUGGACUGUUUCGGCCCGUUUGUUGUUAAAAAGGGUCGGAAGGAGCACAAGCGCUAUGGGCUCAUUCUCACCUGUUUGUAUUCACGUGCAGUCCACCUUGAAAUGCUGGAAGACCUGUCCACGGACUGCCUUAUCAAUGCGUUAAGAUGUUUUAUCAGUCUGAGAGGAGCAGUCAGUCAGUUGUACUGUGAUCAAGGCACAAAUUUUGUCGGAGCCAAAAAUGAGCUUAAAGAAGCCCUAAAGCAAUGUGACCCAAAGACACUAGAAGCUUUCUUGGCAGAUAAGCAAUGCAAUUUUGUGUUCAAUGCUCCCUCUGCUAGUCAUGCAGGGGGAGUCUGGGAACGUCAAAUCCGGACAGUCCGGAAUGUGCUGCAUGCCACUGUGGAUCAAUGCUCAGGGAGAUUGGAUGACUCCUCCCUCAGAACGCUGUUCUAUGAAGCAAUGGCCAUCGUAAACAGUCGGCCUUUAAGCAUCGAUGGAAUCAAUGACCCUCAUUCAUUGGAGCCCUUGACUCCAAAUCACCUCGUCUUAAUGAAGUCUAAGGUUGCUUUACCACCACCUGGAAAGUUUGUGAGGGAAGACUUGUAUGCGGCAAAAAGGUGGCGUAGAGUACAAUACCUGGUGGAGCAGUUCUGGAGCAGGUGGAGAAGAGAAUAUCUCCAGAACAUUUACUUAAGACAGAAGUGGCACGUACCCCGGAGGAAUUUGCAAAUAAACGACGUGGUCAUUAUUAAGGAAGACCUGCUCCCCAGGAAUGAGUGGCGUCUUGGACGUGUGAUUGACGUCACAGAAGGAGCUGACGGACUUGUUCGUCGUGUCAAGGUGCGAGUAGGAGAUCAUAACCUACAGGAAAGGAAAGGAAACUACACUUUCAAAACUUCAGUCGUAGAACGACCUAUCCAGAAGUUAGUCUUACUACUGGAAGCUCAGUAACCUCAGUAACCCCCCCCCCCCGCACUACAAGCACAUUUCCACGUAUCACUUGCACUUUACAUGCACAUUUGCACACAUACCACUGUCACUUUACAUGUUUAUGUGUGUAUUUGUGGUUUAGCCUGUGGGGUAUUUUUGAACUUUUUGUACUUAACCUGUAAGAAGGAAAAUCAUGGUUGAUUCAUUUGUUUUACCUAAUUCAUCAUAGCAUGAUUUGGUGGGAGUGUAAAUGACCGCUUGAGGGUAUUGGGCUUUUAUUUUGAAACGAGCCAGGAGGCGCACAUGCGCAAUUGAGGAUGCCAAUAUGGCGGCCUCCUAGGAAUGAAUUUAUGCGAGUUAUUCAUGCUGUUUGACAAGACGCACAGGAAUCAGCGUGCACCCGACUUGUGGCGCGUUUCCACUCCUUUUGAUAUGGCUUUCGUGGCAUUCUGAUGGACUCUCGUUUGGAUUAUCGUAUAAGGACUGGUCGUCGCACAGUUUGCCUUUCGCAUGGACUCUCGUUUGGAUUAUCGUAAAGACUGCUAGCUUGCAACCCUUGGAAAGUGGAGCGAGUUUCACGGUGCUGAGGAGCAACAAUAAAAGUUGAGAGAUGCACCCGUUUCGAG